AUGAGUUUAAGAGCUAAGAAACCUUUGCAGGCUCGUAAAAUCGUAUGUCAAUACUACCCUCCUGCUUUAGGAUUAGUGUAUAAACGACCAGACAAUAAAACGAAAAUGUAUAAGAUAUAAUUUAAUGAGAUGGUUCAAAUCAACGAUGCUGAUAAAAUUACAUCUUUUUUAUUUGAUUAGCAUUCUUUACAUUUUAAUGAACAAAAUGUUUCAUAUGAGCAAAUACUUGAAAUCGUUUAACUCAUUCUAUCAAAUUAAAAACUCAUGAAAUCAAGUUCUUUGUCUUUAAAGAAAAAACAAUCCCCAUUUACAUAUAAUUAAGCUUUUUCUGACGAAGAGAUCGACUUAAUUUGA